CAAUUUUGCUGGAAAAAAUCAGAGCCAGGGUGGGAGUGAGAGAUUUUGAAAAAAUUCCUACACAUACUGAAGUAACUGACAAAGACCUCAUGAUAUAAAGAGUCACCUUGGAACUUGAAAAAGUGGUGGAACAGGGGUGGUAUGAAGAUAAGAGGAAACAUAUGGAUGUUGAAAUAGACAGAGAAUGUGAAACUGCAGACAUGAGGAACAAGAUCAAGAUUGGUGGAGUAGAUGCUGAAGGAAACAAAGAAAACAUCUCCCUGGGAAGUGUGGGACUCAAGCAAUUUGAGGAAAUGAGGAAAAAAAUGAAGAGAUCAUGAACAUUCAAAAAGAAUAUCUGGCUGAGGUUGGCUUGAGGAAAAAAGUUGAAGCUGAUUUAGAUAGACUGAUACAUAGAAUUCAAGAGAUGGAGGAAGACAAUAACAAACAAGAAACCUGGAGGGCUGUGGAAGAAAAGAAAUACACUUCAUGGGAAGAGGAGAAGAGAGCUAUGAUGGAUAUGAUCAAGAAGCAGCAAGUGAUGAUAGACAAAUUCAUAGAAAAAGUAGACCAGUGGGAUGAAAAAGAGAUCUCUGGAGAUGAUAUGGGAGAGAAAAAUGACUCUGAUAAAGAUAAUAUUCAAGAUCCUCUGAUAGAAGACAAUUACACUGAACCAGUGGAUUAUAAUGCUAGCCAGGAUUCUGUGGAAUCUCUGGGAUCAAAACUGGGGAUCUCUGAUAAAGAGAAGAAAGAAAAAGACAAAGAAGGACCAACCAGAAGAAGUGACAGAAAUCUAGACAAAAAGGACUCCAAGAUUGAAGAUCUGGCUAAGGAGAGAGCUGCUGACAAGGAUAACUAUGAAAAAUGACCCAGGGGAAAGAAUGCUGACGUUGGGGGCAAGACUCAUCGAGCAGGUGGCAAGUGAGAUCUUCAAAGCUUCGCAAGAAUGGCGCUUCAGGGUUCCGCGGCUGAAGGAUUAGGGAAGCUGCGACAUUUCAAGAGCUUGCUGCUGCUUUUGCUUUAGAUUUGUCUUCUCCUCCGUUUAGCCUUUUGUGAUGGAAACUUGUAAUGAUCUGACUAUCCGGGGGUGGGGGGCUGUGUCCCUGGCCACUCCUUGCACGGGUUUCGCUUUUACUCUCUGUUCCGCUUCUUAUUGUAAGAC